GGGCCCCGCACCGGAAACCCACCAGCUCCUCCCUCCCCCUGCCGCCCCGUCGCGCGCUGCCGGCAAAGGAGCAAAACUCCACCGAGAAGGAGCGGCGGAGACCGCGGCGUCUCGGCUCCCCUGGCUCCACCUGGCUCCCCCCGGCUCCCCUGGCUCCACCUGGCUCCCCCCGGCUCCCCCUGGCUCCCCCCCCCCCUGGAGCUGACUGCGCAGGGCGCCCGCUCGCCAGGUCGGUACAGAUCUCUCGUCUCUCCCCCGUGCAAGCUCCCCCCCCCCACCUCCCCCGCCCGGGGCCCAUCAUGGACAGCGCCAUCACGCUGUGGCAGUUCCUGCUGCAGCUGCUGCUGGACCCGAGGCACGAGCAGCUCAUCCGCUGGACCUCGGCGGAUGGGGAGUUCAAGCUGCUGCAGGCGGAGGAGGUGGCGCGCCUGUGGGGGCUGCGAAAGAACAAGACCAACAUGAACUACGACAAGCUCAGCAGGGCGCUCAGAUACUACUACGACAAGAACAUCAUCAAAAAGGUGAAUGGACAGAAGUUCGUCUACAAGUUCGUGUCAUUCCCCGACAUCAUGAAGGCCGACGGCCUGCAGGGACGUGCCGGCGGGGUCAAUGGCGGGGUCAGCGGCGGCGGCGGUGACCUCUCACCAAGGCCUUACGGGAGCCAGGGCCCCGAGCCAGCCUCCGGCGACUACCGCACGCUGCCGCCCCCACCAUUCAUCAAGGCCGAGCCGCGCAGCCCUACGCCCGCCCAGCAACGGCAGCUGCUUGACGAAGACGAUGACGACGACGAUGAAGAGGAGGAGAUGGGUGCAGAGGACGAGGACGACGAUGAAGACGUGGACCGCGAUGAGGAGGACGACGAUGAUGAGGAGGAGGAGAUGUCUUUGCUGUCGUCGGCAAUGGCGUACCGCGUGGCCCCGCUGGGUCGGGCCCUGGCCGGAGGCCUCCACCCAGCGCUGGCGCUCUACGCUCUCAAGAGAUCCGGGGGGACCCUGCGCGCGGUCAAGAGCGAGGGGUUCGACGGCCCUUGCAGGACGGUGAUCUCCCAGCAGCAACAGCACCACCACCACCAGCAUCACCAGCAGCAGCGGCACCAGCAGCAGCGGCAGCAGCAGCGACGGCCGGAAGCUCCCGAUGAUGACGAGCAACCGCUAAACCUGAAGGUGCAGAGGGGCCCCGUGCCGCCGCGUGGGGGUGGCAGCGGUGGCGCCGCCUCCGCGGGGGUCAUCGUGUCGCCAGCGGCGUCCGGGGGCCGCGCGAAGGCCCGACCGCGAGGCCUCGAGCUUGGGCCGCACGCUCAGCUGCUGCUGCAUGCGCAGGGCGGGGACGCGGGCCCACACAGCCCCUCGCUGCAGCCCCUGCUGUGCGGGGCCCUUGCGCAGGGCUUCUACGGCCCCAACACCCCGGUGCUGCUCACGCCGAGUCCGCUGCUGCCCUCGCUGCACUUCUGGAGCACGCUGAGCCCCCUGCCCCCACGCAGUCCCGGGGGGCGGCUCACGGGCUCCCACCUCGCCUUCCAGUUCCCUCCCCCGGGCGCUGCCCCCCUGCUCGGCCUCCCCAUGCCAGGAGUAGACGGGGGCCCGGGCUCCCUGCUGCUGGCUCACGGCUCCCAAAAAGUGUGACUGAGCCGCACCUGGCCACACCUGGACAGGGCGUGGGGGAGGGGAAUGGGGAGUGGGGGGGGGCCUCCACGGAGGGCACGGAAUUGAGGGGGGCACGACAUCAGCACCCUUCCUCACCACCCCAUCUGUUUGGAGGGACAGGGUGGGGGGGGGAGGAGACACCCCCCCCCCCAACGGCGCUUGAUUUUGGGUGAAUUGCACUCCCCCUCGCUGUCUCCCUAUAGCACCCCACUGCCCCGUCCCACCCCAGACACGCACAUUCUACCCCCCACACCACCACCUCAUUGGUCUUUGCCACCUCAAUAAGGAAGGGGGGGGGGGGGGGUGAGGAGUGGGAGGUGACAAUGGGGUGCUCGAUUUCCCCACCCCCUAACCCCCAAAGUGGCCCGGACUGUGGUUUCUCUCUGCGCACGAACCACUGUCUAAAUGUGGGUCGGAGAAUGAUGAUGGUGGUGGUGGUGAUGCUGAUGGUGCUGCUUGUGAUGAUGCUGAUGAUGAUGAUUUGGCCGACGACGUUGCUCGGUGCUAAGUGGGACUCGCUCUCUCGUCUCAUCAUUCUCGGAGUCUUCGCCUUACGCUCAUGCGACUUGCGCAAAUACAGCUAAGAACGAAAUUCUCAAUCAACGAAAAGAAUCGUAAUCAUAAUGAUGGAUUUUGGAAUCGAAUCGCGAACCGAAAUCGAAUUUGAAUACGUGUCAAUCAAUUGCAUCGCUGGGGUGGGAAUGUGGGGGUGGGGGACAGUGGUAAAUUGUAUUACUUCCCUGUGAAUUGACCAAUAACCUCACAACUGCCGCGCAGUGCUAGGACAGUUGGGGGUGUAGUUGGGGGGCAGCUAAGGGCAGCUCCAGAGCAGUCAUGGUCCAAAUUUGCCAUAUUUGUCUCGUGGCAAGUUCUGUCAGCACACACACACAGACACAUGGCCCAGCCGCUUGUUGCAGAGGUUUGCGGUUUGAAUCCGGCAGGCCGCCCUGACUAAUACUAAGGAUGUAUUAACAAUGACAAUACCACACUCCGUCUGCUUCACAGUGAACACCAAAGAUCCCGUGACGUUAUCCGCAAGAGUAGGGCAUUGUGUGGCGGUGUCACAGUUCAAAUUUGAAACAAUGACACGGCAGAGUUACUGAAUUUGAAUCUAUAUCGCUAAUCAUCGUUACAUACAACGAAUACCUGGCAGGACCCUCCGUGAGAGUCGGAGAGGCUUUCUUGGGUUAACCAAGUGGAAUCGUAUAAUUUGUAUGUAUAUUAAACUAUAUAUAUAAAAAAAACAUUUUUUUUAAAUUUGACCAGGUAAGGCCCACUGAGUUAUAUAUCUCCUUUUU